AGGAGGAGGAGUCAGUCCCUGGGGAUAAAAACUCUGCACAGAGGAUCAGACGCUCAGACUGACCCAAGUGAGCAGAGCAGAAUCAACCAUCCAGAGACGCCAGAACCAACCAGAACACGUCUGGUCAGAACUCCUCCUUCUGCAGCUGAUCGGUAACAAUGACUUCCCCUCUGUUGCCCGUCCUUAUCCUGUCGUCUUUGGUGUUCAUCAUGGCGGCUGCUGAACCUGCUGGCUGUAAGAUCAGGAUCACCGACAAAGCCUUAGAUAUGUUUAAGUUUGAGACUCAGAAGUUGGUUGAAGACGAACUCACCAACAUCAGUUUUCCGGAGAUGAAGGGGACAGAAGGACGUUUCCAGUACACCAUCACUGAUGUAAAGAUCACAGAACUGAAUCUGAGGCAUGUUGACCUGCAAUUCAUCCCUGACGUAGGUUUGUUGUUCGAUGUGCAGAACUCCUCCAUCUCUCUGAGCUUCCAGCGACGCAUCCUUUACUGGUUCUUCUAUGACACAGGAAACAUUAACGCAUCUGCUGAAGGAGUGAACAUCAACACGGCUGUAAAUCUGAUCAGAGAUGAAGAAGGACGACUGAAGAUCAACAACAUCAGCUGUGAUGCCAAAAUUAAGAAAAUGAGAGCGGAGUUCAGUGGGACGCUUGGGAGAGUUUAUGAUUUCCUGGCUCGAUUUCUGACUACAGGGAUGCGCUUCUACCUCAACCAACAGAUCUGCCCAUCUCUAAAUCACGCUGCUCUGGUUCAUGUGAACUCCAUGUUGGAGACGAUUCCUGUGAGGACGGAGGUGGAUAAGUAUAUUGGAAUCGAUUAUUCUCUGAUCAGUGAUCCUGUGGUGACGUCACAGAGCCUCGACAUGAACUUCAGGGGGAUGUUCUUUGACCUGUCCAAUCAGAACCUCCCGCUGGUGAACUAUGCCGUGGAACCAGUCAUCAGGGAGUACGAUCGGAUGGUGUAUCUAGCGCUGUCUGAAUUCUUCUUCGACAGUGGGAUGUUCGCUUACUACAGUGCUGGAAUUUUCCAAAUGCACAUCGUCAACGAAAAGAUGCCUAAAGAUCUAGAGGUUUUGUUAAGGACGACAUAUUUCGGAUCAAUCAUGAUGUUGAACCCAGCUCUGGUGGAUGCACCGCUGUCCCUGCAGCUUGCUGUCAACUCCCCCCCAAAAACCACCAUCAAAACAUCUGGAGCAACUGUUUUUAUGACAGCCAUCGUCAAGGUGAUGGUUCUGCCUCCGGGUCAACCUCCAGUCCAGCUCAGCAGUAUGACCAUGGAAACAAAAUUCAACGCCAAAGUUUCUAUGAGAGGAAAACGUUUGGCUGUCCACGCUGAUCUACGCAGGUUUAAAAUCUUUUCCAAUCAAUCAGCUCUGGAGUCUCUGGCUCUGAUUCCUCUACAGGCUCCUCUAAAGACCAUGCUGCAGAUGUCUGUGGUUCCUCUCAUUAACAAUUGGACCAAGAAGGGCGUCCGGAUCCCGCUGGCUGACGGAAUAGAUUUUAUCGAGGAGGUGGUGGAGUAUCACAAUGGUUUCAUUGUGAUUGGAGCCAAUCUUCACUUCAGUAAAGGGCUAAGGGAAAUGAUCGCAGGGAGCAGUGAUGCCGAGCAAACCAACACUACCAGCACAGUCUAAGUAAAUACAUGGAGAAAUGAAGCUGGCAGCCAGAACCUUAUGACCACCUGUUAACCGUUUACACACAUCUGAGCCACUGCUGGAGGGAAUCGCAGGGCCGAAAGGAUAACUAACCAAUGUGGCUGCUGUUAUUGUACUGGUUCUACUGGUUCAACUGAUUUAGUGAGCUAUCUGCAUCUUUAUGUGAAAUAUUCAGCUCAGUUAGUUUGAGGUCCAGAUCAGAGAAGGUUUAAGGAAGUUAACACAGCAAAUAGAUUUUAAAACCACAGAAUGCAGACAUGUCUGUUUAUAAAUAGGUGACCAGACUGAGGGACUGUGUCAGUGGUCAUAACUUUCUAAUGACUGAGCUCUCAUACAAAUCCAUAGAUGAUUUACAUACAAACACAAUGAGGAAAGUGCGACUAGGGGAUUCAUUUGGACCAGCUGUGGAUGUUUUACUGACAGAAAGAAAUAUUUCCUAACGUUAAGAAACAUGUUUUCAAUUCACCAAGGUAACAUUGUCCAAUUAAGACUUUCCAGGGUGAAAGUAUUUUAUUUUUCUUCUCACCAGAUCUUCCUAGCUACACCUUCAGCCUCACAGAGGGGUUAAGUAUUACUGAAGGAUGGAGCUAAACCAUAGAGAACCUUUAGUCCACAAGUUGCAAAAAAAUAAUAAGAAAUUAAUAAGACUUGAAUUAGAUUAUAGAACCGGCCAUAGAGCUCCAGUGUCCUGCACAUUUUAGGUGUGUCUCUGCUUCCAAACCUGAAUCAAAUAGCAAAAUUACCUCCAUAGCGUAUAAUCAAUUAUCCAGAGUCCUAGUAAUGACCUGAUUAUUUGACUCAGGUGUGUUGAAGCACAGACACAUUUAAAAGCUGGAGGAUCAGAUCUGGGAAAGCCUGCUAUAGACUUUAGGCUUUCUUUUGACUGGACUGAACAUUUGUGUCUCCAGUUUUCCACAGUUUUCUCUCUUGAAAAGUAUGUUUAAAUAAAAAAACAGUUUAAUUCACACCUGAAUCAGAAAGGAUUUUUUAUGUUAUAGUUGUUAAACAUCCAGAAACAGAGGGUUAAUUUUAAGUGGCCAAACCCAACAACUGUAGUGACUUGUGACCAAUGCAA